AUGCCUCACUUCACUGUGGUACCGGUGAAGGAUCAAGCUCAGGACAGAUAUGACAGCCUAGAGGGCAUCAACUGGGUGGAUUACAGACACACUGGGCAGGAUCAUCAGGACACUGUCAGCUCUGAUGGACACGGGAAUCAUAAAGAAGACAGUCCAUUUCUCAACAGUGCCGAUGCUGCAAGCAAGAAGAAUGACUUCUAUGACAGGAACCUGGCUUUGUUUGAGGAAGAGCUGGACAUCCGGCCGAAGGUCUCGUCUCUGCUCAGCCGCCUGGUCAGCUACACCAACAUCACCCAGGGGGCGAAGGAGCACGAGGACGAGGAGAGCGCUGGGGCCUCGCGCAGGAAGACCCCCAAGGCUCCCAACAUGGGCACUCUGAUGGGAGUCUACCUGCCGUGUCUCCAGAACAUCUUCGGUGUCAUCCUCUUCCUCCGACUGACGUGGAUUGUAGGGAUGGCUGGCAUCAUGCAGUCACUCCUGAUCGUGCUCAUGUGCUGCUCUUGUACAAUGCUCACGGCCAUAUCAAUGAGCGCCAUUGCUACGAAUGGUGUUGUUCCAGCUGGAGGGGCAUACUUCAUGAUCUCACGCUCCCUCGGCCCUGAGUUUGGAGGAGCUGUGGGUCUGUGCUUCUACUUGGGCACCACCUUUGCCUCUGCCAUGUACAUAUUGGGGGCCGUCGAAAUAUUCUUGAAAUAUCUGGUCCCCCAGGCGGCCAUAUUUCACGCCACAGACUCCCUUGGGGGUGACAGUGCCAUGCUGAACAACAUGCGAGUGUACGGCUCGAUCUGCCUCAGUCUGAUGGCUGUGGUGGUUUUUGUUGGAGUUAAAUAUGUCAACAAGCUGGCCUCUCUUUUCCUGGCCUGCGUCAUUAUCUCAAUUGUCUCCAUUUAUGCCGGGGCAUUAAAAUCCAUGACUCAUCCCCCAGAGUUUACGAUCUGCAUGCUGGGAAACAGGACUUUGGUGAGAGAUCGCUUCGAUGUGUGUGCUAAAACGGUGACAAAGGACAACAUGACGGUGCCCAGCCAGCUGUGGGAGAGGUUCUGUCUACCGGGGAACAUGAGCAGCGCGCAGUGUGAUGACUACUUCCUCCAGAACAAUGUGACGGAGAUACAGGGCAUUCCUGGACUGGGCAGUGGGAUUAUUAAAGAAAACAUGUGGGGCGACUACCAAAGGAAGGGGGAGAUCUUGGAGAAAGUGGGGCUCGAGUCAGUGGAGGUCCAUGGUGCCACGGACAACUUUGGCAUGUAUGUGUCAGCAGACAUCGCUACAUCGUUCACGCUCCUGGUGGGGAUCUUCUUCCCGUCUGCCACAGGUAUCAUGGCAGGGUCCAACCGAUCUGGAGAUCUCCGGGACGCUCAAAAGUCCAUCCCUGUGGGAACCAUAUUAGCCAUUACUACUACUUCUCUUGUUUAUAUCAGUUCUGUGGUUCUGUUUGGUUCUUGCAUCGAAGGAGUGGUCCUCAGGGACAAGUUUGGGGACGCUGUUCACAAAACCUUGGUGGUGGGUACGCUCUCCUGGCCGUCUCCAUGGGUUAUUGUGAUUGGCUCCUUCUUCUCCACGGUGGGCGCGGGCCUUCAGUCCCUCACCGGGGCGCCACGACUCCUGCAGGCUAUCGCCAAGGACAACAUCAUUCCUUUCCUCCGGGUGUUUGGUCACGGAAAGGCCAAUGGAGAGCCGACAUGGGCCUUACUACUGACGGGCCUCAUCGCUGAACUGGGCAUCCUUAUUGCCUCACUGGACAUGGUGGCUCCUAUCCUUUCCAUGUUCUUCUUGAUGUGCUAUCUCUUUGUGAACUUAGCCUGUGCAGUUCAGACUCUUUUACGCACACCCAACUGGAGGCCAAGGUUCAAAUAUUACCACUGGGCUCUCUCCUUCCUUGGCAUGAGUAUGUGUCUGGCUCUGAUGUUCAUCUCCUCCUGGUACUACGCUAUUGUGGCCAUGGUCAUUGCUGGGAUGAUCUACAAAUACAUAGAGUUUCAAGGAGCAGAGAAGGAGUGGGGGGACGGUAUAAGAGGACUGUCCCUCAGCGCAGCACGAUACGCCCUGUUGAGACUGGAGGUUGGACCCCCGCACACCAAGAACUGGAGACCUCAGCUGCUGGUGCUGCUGAAGCUGGAUGAAGACCUCCAUGUGAAAUACCCUCGUCUGCUCACCUUUGCCUCGCAGCUGAAGGCGGGAAAGGGUCUGACCAUUGUGGGCUCGGUGGUCCAGGGCAACUUCCUGGAAAGCUAUGGGGAAAUGCAGGCAGCUGAGCAGGCCAUUAAGCACAUGAUGGAGAUAGAGCGGGUGAAGGGCUUCUGUCAGAUCGUGGUGGCCUCUAAGGUGCGUGACGGUAUAAUGCACCUGAUCCAGUCCUGUGGUCUGGGGGGCAUGAAGCACAACACGGUGAUGAUGGGCUGGCCGUACGGCUGGAGGCAGAGCGAGGACCCUCGGGCCUGGAAGACUUUCAUCAACACAGUCCGCUGCACCACAGCUGCUCACCUCGCCCUGAUGGUGCCCAAAAAUGUGUCCUUCUACCCGAGCAACCAUGAACGCUUCACAGAUGGCAACAUUGACGUUUGGUGGAUCGUCCAUGAUGGCGGGAUGCUAAUGCUGCUGCCUUUCCUGCUCAAACUGCAUAAAGUUUGGAGGAAAUGCUGCAUGCGCAUCUUCACUGUAGCCCAGAUGGAGGACAACAGCAUCCAGAUGAAGAAAGAUCUGGCCACGUUCCUAUACCAGCUGAGAAUAGAGGCGGAAGUGGAGGUGGUAGAGAUGCAUGACAGCGACAUCUCAGCAUACACCUACGAGCGAACAUUAAUGAUGGAGCAGAGGUCGCAGAUGUUGAGACAAAUGAGGCUGUCCAGUGCGGAAAGAGAAAGAGAGGCCCAGCUGGUGAAGGACAGACACUCUUUGGUGCGAAUGGGAAGUCUAUACUCAGAUGAGGAAGAGGAAGUGGUGGAGGCUCCUCCAGAGAAGGUUCAGAUGACGUGGACAAGAGAGAAGUGUGAGGCUGAGAGGAGGAACAGGAAAAACGCGCCUGAGAACUUCAGAGAACUCAUGAGCCUCAAACCGGAUCAGUCCAACGUGCGGCGAAUGCACACGGCUGUGAAGCUGAACGAGGUGAUAGUCAACAGGUCCCAUGAUGCUCGGUUAGUGCUGCUCAACAUGCCGGGGCCACCUCGAGACACAGAGGGAGAUGAGAACUAUAUGGAGUUUCUGGAGGUGUUGACUGAAGGCUUAGAAAGAGUGCUGCUGGUCCGAGGCGGAGGUCGAGAAGUUAUCACCAUCUACUCAUGAUCAAGUGUUAGCUGCUACUCAUCAGAAUACAUUCCACCUCUGGACAGGAGGCAGCAGCUGCUUUGCUGCCAAACAUUUCUCAGUACAGGCAUGAGUUUGACUUUCAUUGUGAAGUACCGAUUUUUGAGUACAAAGGUUUUAUUUAAUUUUUGUAGAAUAUUGGGACACACUUGUUCACAUAUCUACCUGUUGCUCACGAUCGCCAUUCUUUACACAUAAAUCCUGUUUUUCUCAAACGGAAAUCAAUCAUAUUUAUGUCACAAAUUCAUCUUCAUAUAGAUAAUAAUCCUUAUUAUCCUGAUUAGAACACAAGUUGGAAGAAUUGUUUAAAUACUUUGCCAGAUUUUUUAUUCUGAAACAGCUCUUUGAUUAUCUUGGAAGCACAACUCUAUUUAUUUAUUUAUUUUUUCAACAUGUCCCCACUGAGGUAUUACAUAUGUUGCUGUGGAUAUUGAACGCAGUGCUUGGUUGUGCUGUAAGGCAGAGAUCAUGAAACACGUUUUUAAAGAGUAAUAAUUUAUGACUUUUUGUUGGAAAGAUAUUUGUGUUGUUAUGAGAGAUGUUUAUGAAUGACUUUUGAACUGUUACGUUUUUUUACCUUUUUCAACAAACUUAAAAAGCAUUUCAGAUCAUCAAGAGACCCUUUUUUGUUUAAUGUGUAUUUGUUUUGUAUUUUCUAAGAAGCUAAGUGUGAGCAGUAUUACAGGCCAGGAGUCUAGAAAUCAACUGUUUAUUUGUAUGUGGGCUAAACAAUCAGUACAAGCAGAGUGUUUUAUAUGUAGCAGAUCAAGCAUGACAAUUAAGCAGUUAAUAAAAAAUGAACCACACAAUG